AUAACAACAAAACGCAGUGGUUAAUAAUAAUACCUCUCCUCUGGUUCUUCUGUACAGGCUUAUUUUGUGUGUGUGUGUGUGUGUGUGAGAGAGAGAGAGAGAGAGCAAAUGGGAUGGUUCCCAUGCUCAGGACAAUCAAAGAAUACUUCAAGAAAGAUGAGGAAGAAGAACGAGUCUCUUGAUCCAAUCGAACCCAGUUCAGGUAAUUUCAAAGAUGCCCCCAAAGAUGGUUCGUCCAGUAAAAUCGCAGCCAAGACUUUCACUUUCCGCGAAAUGGCAGCUGCUACGAAAAAUUUCCGGGGCGAGUGUCUCUUAGGGGAAGGAGGCUUUGGCCGAGUGUAUAAAGGACAGCUGGAGGCCUCCAAUCAAGUUGUUGCAAUCAAGCAACUCGAUAGAAACGGCCUACAAGGAAACAGAGAAUUUCUGGUCGAAGUAUUAAUGCUGAGUCUGCUUCACCACCCUAAUCUCGUUAAUUUAAUUGGAUACUGUGCUGAUGGAGAUCAAAGACUUCUCGUUUACGAGUAUAUGCCAUUAGGAUCUUUGGACGAUCAUCUUCACGAUCCACUGCCUGGUAAUAAACACAUCGAUUGGAAUACAAGAAUGAAAAUUGCAGCUGGAGCAGCAAAAGGGUUGGAAUAUUUACACGAUAAAGCUAACCCACCGGUUAUUUAUCGGGAUUUAAAAUGCUCGAAUAUUUUGCUCGGCGAAGGGUACCAUCCAAAGCUGUCUGAUUUUGGAUUGGCUAAACUGGGCCCCGUUGGAGAUAACACGCAUGUGUCCACUAGGGUUAUGGGUACGUACGGAUAUUGUGCACCGGAGUAUGCGAUGACCGGGCAGUUGACUUUGAAAUCCGAUGUUUAUAGCUUCGGAGUUGUUCUUCUUGAGAUUAUUUCUGGCAGGAAAGCUGUGGAUAAUUCGAAAACUGGUGGAGAGCAAAAUCUCGUUUUGUGGGCGAGACCGUUAUUUAAGGACAAGAGAAAAUUCGCGCAGAUAGCCGAUCCAGCAUUGCAAGGACAAUAUCCAGCAAGAGGACUUUACCAAGCGCUUGCUAUAGCUGCAAUGUGUGUGCAAGAGCAACCUAAUAUGCGCCCUGUCAUGGCUGACGUUGUAACCGCUCUCACUUAUCUCUCUUCACAAAAAUACGACCAAGAAACGGGCACCGCUCAGAACUCGAGGUGGGGCCCCGGUACGCCACCUAGGACGAAUGGUGAUGCUGAUAGGAGAAGGAACAGGAGCAUCGAGUCUGCACGGAUCUGAAACAAGAAACAAAUUAUAUAUACAGCUGAGGUUUGUGAAUUCUUGUGAAAUUUUUUAUGGAUAUAUAAUGCUUGUGUAAGAUUAUUCGAUAGAGAAUUCGUAUUUUUUUCCGGAACGUCUUUGUUACGGUCGAGGAUUUUUUUUUCUUUUUUUUUUUUUUUUUUUUUUUUGGCGAAGAUACGGUUGGCCUAUAUUAUUUUACACAUGCCUGGUUUUGUACAGUUAUUAUAGGGAAUGUGUAGUUGAUAUAUUUUGUAUAACGAAACGACGUAAGGGGACGAAACGUAUAUUUUUGAGUGAUUUGAUUAUAUAAUACGAUUGCCAUUGUGACGAA